GGUCAUACAGGAUGAGUGCUAGGUCAAUGUUAAUUGCAAUUAGAUAACUUCAGACGAUGCGGACGAAGGAAGGGCUUACAGAACAGCUCCUUAUAUUUUGAAGUAUUUCAGCACAUUUCUCAGCAAGAUUAUGCUCAACUGUGGCCCUUCGCAAUCUAUUUCAACUCGCAUUAGUUGCGUUUUCUCACUUUCUUCAUUUCAGGUGAAGGAGGUUGGAAUACUAAUGAGGAACUGCAGUCGUAUCGUUAACGAUCUCGAGAAAAUCUUCGAAGUCUAUUGGGGAAUGUCGGAUGACAACGCCACGCUACCUAUUACGUGGAGCACCAAUCUCAGCACCUCAAUAAACAGCUCAAGCCCUGCACGUAUCGACCUCGACGGCAGCAGCACGCUCACGUACAUAUCGAGUGCUCCUCCAUACUUCACGGCUCCCGGUAGGACGGAGGACAUUGACGCCAUCAUUGACAUAAUCAGCAAAGCGAAGCAAUUUGUCUACGUCGCGGUUAUGAACUACCUACCUAUAGAUUACUACUCUAAAACUAAAAGGUACUGGUCAGUGAUUGACGAGGCCUUGAGACGUGUCGCCAUUGAAAAUGGCGUCCGCGUCCGCCUCCUUGUGUCGAAAUGGAGUAAGACAAAAUCACUCACCUGGAACUUCGUGGAGUCGCUUGCGUCGCUGAAUUCCAGUGGUAUCUCCAUCGAAGUCAAAGCUAUCGUCAUUCCUGCCUUCACUCAAGAACAACGUAAAAUUCCUUACGCCCGAGUGAAUCACCAAAAGAUGAUGGUUACAGACACAGCCGCGUAUAUCGGAACAUCGAACUGGGAGCCGAACUACUUCAUCGAGACGACCGGAGUCGGGUUGGUCAUAAACCAGAAUUCAAGCGACUCCAUCAGAGGGGAGUUGAAGGCAAUUUUCGAACGGGACUGGAACUCCAAUUUCACUUACUACGUCAGGCCUGGCAAUAAAAGAAAAUGCUUCUGA